AUGAGCGUCAAAAGAAGAGGGUACAAUGAGUCGUACAUUCAGUGCGGAUUUACAUGCACAGUCAUAAACGGGGAACAAAGGCCUCAAUGCGUCGUCUGUAACAAGGUCUUGUCUAACGACUCUAUGAGGCCGACCAAGCUGAAGGAACAUUUGCACAGUGUUCACCCUCAGCACAGCGAUAAGGAAAAGUGCUUUUUCCAGCGUCAUGAAAACGUCCUGAAAAAGGUGAAGCUAGACUCUACGGGAGCCUUCCAAGUUGCAGGCCACAACGUUAUGGAAGGUUCCUACUUCAUAGCACUGGAAAUAGCGAAGCAAAAAAAGCCACACACCAUUGGCGAAACCUUGAUAAAACCUUGUGCCUUCAAGAUGGUUGAAAUAUUAUUGGGUAAGGAGCAAGAGCGGAAACUGGCAGCUGUUCCCCUCUCAAAUAGCACUGUUCAAAGAAGAAUAAGUGACAUGGCUGACGACAUCAGGGAUCAAGUUGUUCAGCAGAUAAAAUCGGCAGCAUUUGGACUCUUCUCAAUUCAGCUGGACGAGUCUACUGACGUGGCAUCAGGCUUCCAGCUGCUGGUGUUAGCCAGAUAUGUGCACGCGGGUUCAUUUAAAGAGGAGUUCCUCUUUUGCUCUACGUUAGAAUCUACAACAAGAGCCUCAGAUGUCUUCGAAAAAGUGUCCUCAUUCUUCGAGUCACGUGGCCUUUUAUGGAACAAGGUCUGCGGUUGCUGUACGGACGGAGCGCCGGCUAUGCUUGGGUCAAAAUCUGGUUCUCAGGCUGCCGUGAAAAAGCGAGCUCCUGAAGUCAAGAGCGUCCAUGCAUGA